CCGCAAAAUAGGGGCUGUGUACAUUUAAGAAAAUUAAUAUGGCUCAUGGUCUUCAUGUCCGUCGCCAAAAUCUGAAUCGGUGAUUGGGGCGGUCGAUAAAGGAAUAGUUUAUACCAUCUGCACUUUCCCGUUUGUUUGUUCGUUUCGACCCGACCAUAUAAAAUACUAUGGUUUAUUAACUUCCAACAACGGAAACACUUUUAUUCAGUUUCGUAUAGUUUGAACUUAACAGUGAAUGGCUUACAUGUCUUCUGUUCAAAUGAAAAGCCCUCCAUCUGAUGGUGAGAUUCUUGAUGAUUGGGAACAGAUGGCUGAUUCUGGUCUUCUAGAUAAGAAACUCCAAAGUUUGAAGGCCAGAAUACCAGAGGAAGUGAGGAACCCUAACGAAAUCCAGCCAACUCACUUUUUGUUCAGUGGUGAUGGAAGUGUUAGGCCAAAUAUUCUUGGUCCACCUCCUCAGAUUAAAAUUCUUAAGAGACCUCAGCAUAAUGGUACAGCCCAUACUCACCAGCGGGGUGGUUGUGCUUCAUCAAAUGGUCAAGCAAAACCUAAACCCCAGGUGAAAACACUGCAGCAGAAAGAAGCAGAAUAUGCUGAAGCAAGACUACGGAUUCUAGGGGAAGCUGCUCCAGCUAACGAACCUAUCCCAGACUUAGGCAUUAGUAAACUACAAAAUCGAAUGGAAAAUCUACGAACAGAGGAAUCUUGUCUCGUCCGCCUACCUAGAGGUCCUGACGGAACUAGAGGUUUCAACCAACACAAUUAAGACUUCCCUUGCUUUACUUAAAUUGCGACACCUUUCUUUAAUUUUACAUCUAUAAUUUCUCCCACUCUGUUUUUCUUUCCACAUUUUUUUUUUUGGGGAGGGGGGCGUGCGUGUACAGUACAACUACUGAGCUAUUAAUCAGUUAAAUACGAUGUCUUUAUUGACCAA